ACAUGGCAGCCGCCUGCGCCAGAACACUGGGUAAGGUCGGCUGGUCUUUUCUGGAGUCUCCCGCCGCCCGCCGGCCCGGUAUCGUCUCAUACCUGGUGGGGAAUGUGGGCGCGCAUGGGUCCAGGAGGGCGUACGGUACCGGCGGCACCGGGGUCCGGUCCAAGCUGCUCUCCUCUCUGCGGGCAGGAGGAGGAGGAGGCAGGGCGCUGGGCUGCGCCUUCCUGCUCGGUGGAGGUCUGGGACUGUAUCAGACCCUGAAGUUCUCUGUGCAGCAGCACCUGGCCGAGGAGGAGACCAAGGCUCCAGGUGGAGGUCCGAAGUUGACCCUGUACCAGUACAAGACCUGCCCGUUCUGCAGCAAGGUGCGAGCGUUCCUGGACUUCUACGGCUUGCCGUACGAGAUCGUGGAGGUGAACCCGGUGAUGAGGCAGGAGAUCAAGUGGUCGGCCUACAGGAAGGUGCCCAUCCUGAUGGUGGACAGCGACGUGCAACUGAACGACUCCUCCGUCAUCAUCAGCUCCCUCAGGUCUUUUUUAGUCAACAAGGAGAAAAGUGUGUCUGACAUCAUCCGCUGUUACCCGGAGAUGAAGUCUGUGAACGAUAGCGGGAAGCAGGUGACGGAGUACGCCAACAAGUACUGGCUGAUGCUGAGCGAAGACGAGACCGCCGUGGUUUACCCCGAGAAGGGGAUGCAGAAGGAGGAGAUGAAGUGGCGCCAGUGGGCCGACGAUUGGCUCGUGCACCUUAUAUCUCCCAACGUGUACCGGACCACCAACGAGGCCCUGGCCUCCUUCGACUACAUCGUGCGUGAGGGAAAGUUCGGUACCUUUGAGGGUUUCUUUGCCAAAUACGUCGGCGCUACGGCCAUGUUCCUCAUCUCCAAGAGGCUGAAGAGUCGACACAACCUGCAGGACGACGUCAGGCAGGAUCUCUACAAGGCCGUCAACGACUGGGUGGCAGCCAUCGGCAAGAAGAGGAAGUUCAUGGGCGGAGAGCAUCCUAACCUGGCAGACCUGGCGGUGUUCGGCGUCCUCAGAGUGAUGGAGGGUCUGCAGGCGUUCGACGACAUGAUGGAGAACACCAAAGUCAAAUACUGGUACAGACGCAUGGAGAGAGCAACGCUCAACCACGAGGGCCGAGACUGAGGCCGAAAACGGGUGAAGGAGGCCGGAGAAACACCGAGCGCCUCCAGCCUCAAACAGACGGAACCAUAAAACCUCCAGAAAGAAGAGUGACCAGCAUCGGGAAGCAAGAAGUCCUGCUUCUAUUGUGGAAACGGUUUGAGAGCGGUCACCGCUGCCAUGAUUGAUUUACUGCUCCACACGCACAG